AUGACAACCAGCAAAUCAAGUGACACAAAAAAUGUUCACUCAACAUCUGGUGUCUCCACGAGUGCAACUGCAAAUCGAUGUAUAAACAUGCAAAGAAUGCAAAAUACCCUCCUUAUUUGGUUAGACAACACUAUUAAUGAAAAUAAUGCUGAUUGUAGUGAUACAAUCAAACAAUUGAAACGUGUAGUUAACCACAUAAACACGUUUACAGAUGGUGAAGAAUGUACUGAAUAUAUUCAAACCAUCACCAACAACAAAAUAUGUAUGAUUGUUUCUGGUUCACUUGGGAAACAUACUGUGCCUCGUGUACAUGACAUGUCGCAAGUAGACACUAUUUUCAUUUCUUGUAGCAACCAAGAAUGGCAUAAACAAUGGACCAGACAAUGGCCCAAAAUAAAAGGAGUCUUCACUGAUAUGAUACUAAUCUGUGAAGCACUGAAACAAGCUGCUUAUCAAUGUGAGCAAAAUGCCAUCUCAAUCAGCUUUGUGGCACCAAACAAAAAGUUGGAUCAAUUAAAUCCAUCCUUUAUGUAUACUCAGAUCUUGAAAGAGAUCUUAUUAACCAUCGAUUUCGAACAGAAACACAUCAAAGAAUAUAUUCAUUACUGUCGUGAUGUAUUUGUCGAAAAUCAGUAUGAACUAGAUAAUGUUACAAAACUGGAACGUGAUUAUCAUGAUCAAACACCUAUUUGGUGGUAUACUUCUCAAUAUUUUUUAUAUUCGAUGCUCAAUCAAGCAUUAAGAUUAAUGAAUGCUGAUAUUAUUGUUCGAAUGGGUUUCUUUAUUAAUGAUCUACAUCGUGAUAUUCAACGACUCCAUUCGGAACAAUUUGAUGGUCAACAAUCUGGUAAAACAAUUACAGUUUAUCGUGGACAAUGUCUUUCAAAAGAAGAUUUCGCAGAAAUGACAAGAACUCAAGGUGGACUUCUUUCAUUUAAUAACUUUUUAUCGACUAGUAGAAAUCGUGAUGUUUCUCUCUUUUUCGCUCCACAAACUGCUAUAAAUCCUGAUCUUGUUGGAAUACUAUUUGUUAUGUCAAUUACUUCAACAACUCCAUUUGCUUCUGUUAGUCAUGUUAGUUACUUUCAUACAGAAGAUGAAGUUCUCUUCUCUAUGCAUACCAUUUUUCGUAUUGGAGAUAUUCGACCAAUGGAUGGAAAUAAUCAUCUCUAUCAAGUGAAUCUAACAUUAACCAACAACAACGAUCAAGAUCUGCGAGAUCUUAGCGAUCAGAUUCGUCAGGAGACCUUUCCAGACGAAGAAGGGUGGUACAGAUUGGGACUAUUACUAAUUAAAAUGGGCCAAUUUACCAAAGCUCAAGAAAUUUAUAAAGUUUUACUUCAUCAAGCAGCAAAUGAGAGCGACAAGGCAAAUAUUUAUCAUCAACUAGGUCGAACCAAAUAUACUCAAGGAGAAUAUCAAGAAGCACUUUGUUAUUAUGAAAAAGCCCUUACAAUUCGACGACAAUCACUUCCUUCCAAUCAUCCUGAUUUAGCUAUGUCUCAUAACAACAUUGGUAAUGUGUAUUACAAUAUGGAUGAUUAUCAAAAAACACUUUCUUAUUAUGAAAAAGCUCUUGCAAUUCGACAUCAAUCACUUCCUUCCAAUCAUCCUGAUUUAGGAGAUUCCUAUAACAACAUCGGUUUGGUGUAUAAGAACAUGGCUGAUUAUCCAAAAGCACUUUCUUAUUAUGAACUUGCUGUACAAAUUGAACAACAAUCAUUACCAACAAGUCAUCCUAGGCUUCAACAAUGGAGAAAAAACCUUGAAGACAUGAAAAAGAAAUCAUACUUUCUAUAUCCACUUUUUUGA